AUGAAUGCCCAAUGCAGGAAAUUGUUAAGAGAUGGAGAAAGCUACAAGAAGACGAGGAAUAGACCUGGAAAAUCUGGUGAAGACGUAAGGGGGAUCAGGAAGGCUCAACAGCAACAAAGCCGGUUUCGUGCAUUAAGAGAAGAAGAGUUGCAAGGCCCACCAUCACGCACUAGGGCUAGCCUCAAGAGAAGACUCCAUGAAUCUUCUUCAUCAACAAAACUCCAGGUAGAAAAGAAACUAAAUCAAGAAGAUGGGUCAAGAAAUGUUGAUAAAACACACAUCGAAGAGCCUGAAGAGAAUGCCCGUGCAUCCAACAAUGAUGAGCCAAUGGGUGCACCAUCCAUCAAUCAAUCGUUGCCUGAUAAACACACAUUAGAGCACAUUAUCGACAUAUUGCAAAGGAAGGAUAUAUAUGAAAUAUUUGCUGAACCAGUUGACCCUGAAGAGGUUGAUGACUACUAUGAAAUCAUCGAGGAACCAAUGGACUUUGGAACCAUGAGAGCUAAACUUCAUGAAGGAAUGUAUACUUCCGUCCAGCAAUUUGAGCAUGAUGUAUUUCUGAUAUCAGGAAAUGCGAUGCAUUUUAAUUCUUCUGGUACCAUUUUCUUUAGACAGGCUCAUGCAAUACAUAAACUAGCGAAGAGGGUUUUCCAUGUCCUGAGAACCAAUCCAGAAAACUUUGAGUCGGAAUUCUCAGGGACAAGGCGAAGAUCUUGCAGGAGAUCCCAGGAUGAGUUCAACGGCAAAUCAUCCUCAAAAACUUCGGAAAAUACUAGUAUACAUAUAAUCAUAUUCCCACGAGGCAGUCGAGAUGGUAAGAGAUGUGAUUCCAUUGAAGCAGAUCGACGAUCCACUUACAAACCCCACCUGGACUCGAUCAACGAAGACAAGUUUCCAAAAUCCUUAGUCUAUUCAAACCACCACCAGGCGGAGCAUAGCUACCGGAAAAGCCUAAUGCAGUUUGUGAAAGACUUAGGUCCGACUGCCCAAAUGGUGGCCAAACGAAAGCUCCAGAGCUUGUUUGGAGAUAUUGAUGCCUCCGUCUCUCAUGAUCAUCAAGCAACAAGACAAGAUCCUCAAAUCCCAUUUGGUCAAACAAAGAAUUGGAUCUUGUUUGGUUCUUGUCAUUCUGUCUUGAAUGAUGGAAAACAAGAUUCCUCGAUGAAAACAGACACUCAGAAUCGAAUCAUGAGUAGAGAUCAAGAUUCCUCUUUCUUGAGUACUUCUCAUGUUCUAAGGACGACAAAUAAUAGAGAUUGCGAUGAAAGCAUGUCGACAAGGGGGUUAUUCAACGGGCCGUUGAUGCCUCACGCGCCGUUGGAUUUAGGGUUCUUGAAAUCAAAGAUGCGUGGGGAAGAUGAAUGGCGAAGGAGAAUUUAA